UUCAGUAAGGUGGAGCCGGAAAUUGUUGCACUGAUCCUGCAGUUUCAUUUCUUUUGGUAACUUUACGACAGUUUGGCCGGUAAGCAAGAUAAACUAACAACGUUAAGUUUCUGACCUUAACAAAACAAAACAAAAAAAAGAGAGAGAGUUUGCCUCAUAGUUUGAACUUUGGAGUCCACCUGUGCUUCAAACGAAACCGGAAAUGUCCUGUGUGUGUCUGUAGAGAAGUUGAUUUGUCAUCUUAAUUGCAGACGCUAAAAAUAAAACCAUGGAUAGGUUUAAAGUUGUGCUGUUGAAAAUAUCUGAAAAACUUAGCCGUGACAACUUAGACAAACUAAAAUUCCUGUGUGUAAAAAUAAUCGGGAAGAAGAAAAGCGAGGAGAUCAGUAGCGGCAUUCAGCUGUUUGAGUGUCUAAUCGAGAGAGCAGAGAUUGGACCGAACAACACGGAACUGUUAAGGGAGCUUCUCACUAACAUUGGACAGCAAGCUUUACUGGAAAUAAUCGACAGCUACGAAGGACAAGCGAUCUCCACUGAUCUACCAGAUGAAGCGGAACUAGAAAAAAUCAACUGCGCAAUAGAAGUAAUCGUCGAGCAACUGGGAAGGAAGUGGCUUCAGUACGGGCGGAAACUGGGAAUCAGCGAAGCCAAGCUGGAGGGCAUACAAGAGAAACACCCUCGCAACCUGGAGGAACAAGUGAGAGAACUGUUCAAAGAGUGGAAGAAGAUGCGCAAAGCGGAGGCCCAAGUGGACCAGCUGAUCAAGACACUCCGCGCCUGCGACCUCAACUACACGGCUGACAUCGUGGAGAGAAAAAUCCAGGAUCUGAACAAGUCUUGAAGACGCAUUCUGUCUUUUUCAGGCUUUCCUUCUCAUUCACGGCUGCCGAACAUGUCUGUGCGCUAUAGCAAUAUUUCUUUGCAGUUUGUCUUGCAGUUGUUUGUGCCAGAUAUAAUGCUAAAAGCACUUUGACCUUCAAUUUGGAUUUGAUGUUGUUCUUUGCUCAGUCUUAAAGCUUUGCUCAGGUAAACAGGAAUAUUUCUACACUAUGCUGUUGGCUAAACUGUGAAUCUGUGCUGUUUACAAAAAUGGUACCUUUUCUAUGAUUUUUUUUUCCACUGGACUUUUAUAAAUUAGGCUGAGAUUCAAAUGUAGGAUUAGAAAAUGACACCGUUGCUCCAGAUGAGUUGAAUUUGUUAUGUAACGCAUGUGGAUGUAAAUAAAGGGAAUCAUUUUACUA